GAAAAAGAAAAUAUGCCAGAGGUUACUAUAGAAACUCCUAAAGGCCAAAAGAGUAAAACAGCAAAACUUGAAGAAGAAGACUUGUCUUCAGUCACUUCUUUAAGCAAUAAAGAUCAAAUUUCAGAUGAACAAACAAAACAAACAACAUGUGAGAAGCCUACAUCCAAUCAUGACAAGCCAAAUAUAGAAUAUGAAAACAUACCAGUGGACUCACUUGCAAGUUUGUACAACUAUGUAUGGGCAAACAAUACUGAUCCUAUAGAUAAAGAGAACAAACAAGAUUUUACAAUGGUUUUUAGAAAAAAGCAUAGAAAUAAAAGCAGAAUCACAACCUCAAAAGUGGGAAGAACUACAGUCUUAGGGACAUCAGCUUCCUAUACAAAAGCCAGAGGACUGCAAUAG